AUGGACGAUCCAGCUGCAGCACUGGCCAAAACUGCAGUUGAGAAAAAUGCCCAAACCAAGUGGACAGGAGUAAAUAACUCAGAGGUGGAAGGAGACACAUAUAAUUGCGUUGGCAAUUCAGUGAGCAUGAACCCAAAUGGGGACAUUUUACUGACACAAAAUGAACCGCAGGAUGAUGAUUUAGAGAAGGAACAAAACCGGGGCAGCAAAACUAAUAAACUAAUUUUUAACAAAAUAAAUAAUCCGAAUAAUUGCCAUAUGUUUAAUCGGGAAAACGUGGAAGAAAUGAACAAGUACGAAUAUGCAUACGAAAGGGAGGAGGAUUUUUCAUGCGAAGAUGCUUUUGCCGAUUCGGUGGAGAGCAAUAAUUUGAGCUCCUACGAUGAGGAGGAAAGAGAACAAAUCGAUCCAUUGGGCGGAUACGAUAAUGGGCACACAUCUCACAACAACAGAAGUAAUGAACGACAAAACUGUCAAGUGAUUGUAAGGAUAAAGCCAAGAAUUAGAACAAACAGAUUGGACAAAGUGAGCAAACCGAACGAAAAUGAAAUGACCGGGAGAGGGACAAAUUAUGAAGAUGCGAAAAAUAUUAAAUAUAAGAAAAAUUGCCUCUACGUACAUAACCAGAAUUUUUCCUUUGACAAAAUAUUUCCUGAAGAAACGAAGCAGAUAGAAGUUUACUCCUACCUGUCUGAUAACUUUUUAAAUAAUUUGUUUGAAGGUUAUAACUGUACCAUUUUUGCCUAUGGACAGACGGGGUCAGGAAAAACCUUCACCAUGGGAUUUGACUAUAUGAACGAAUUUUCCCAAAGUGUCGGUAUUUUGCCUCGAUUUUUAAACGAUAUGUUUAACAUAAUUGAGAGGAAAAAAAGGAAAAUCGAUUUUGAUGUGUCUUGUACUUAUAUCGAAAUUUACAAUGAAGAAAUUAUCGAUUUGAUAGAUUUUAAGGAAGAAGAUUAUCAUGAGAAAAUCAACUGUAGAAGUGGAAAAAAGAAUAAGAAGAAAAAAAAAAUUAAUAAAAAUAUAUCCAUAAGGGAAGAUAUCAACAAGAAGGAAAUAAUCCUAAUGGGAAUUAAAAAUGAAAAAGUACAAAAUGUUAAAGAUGUGUUUGCCAUCCUGCAUAGGGGGAAUUUAUUUAGAACCACUGAGAGAACCUUCAUGAAUGAUAAAUCGAGCAGGUCUCACGCAAUCUUCACCGUUAACCUGAUUCAGAGAAAGAAACGGGCGGAAGGAAAUGAGAAAAAUAAGGGGACCACCCUUGAGGGAAGUCCAAACUGCAGGAGCGAAAACUGCGCAGAUAACGAAUUGGGAGAAGAGCAAAAAAGACGCAGCUUAAACGGUAAUGAUGUAGAGGAAGAUGCGCUCACAAAUGCUGACGAAGGGAAAAAAUAUCUUGAUUUUCCGAACGAAAGUAAUAAUAACGGGAAUGUACUGGAAGAAACAAACAAGGCAGAUGUAAUAUGCUCGAAAUUUCAUUUUGUCGAUUUGGCUGGGAGCGAAAGAGCCAAAAGAACCGAAACGAAGGGACACAGGUUUAAGGAAGGAAUAAGCAUCAACUACGGACUGCUAUCCCUAAGCAACGUUAUUUACAGCUUGUCUAGUAAUAAAAAAAGUCAACACAUUCCUUAUAGGAAUUCGAAGCUGACCAGAAUACUUCAAGAUUCCCUUGGAGGAAACAGUAAAACAGUUAUGAUUGCAUGCAUCAGUAUUGACCCUGCAGAUUUUUACGAAUCCUUAAGCACCAUCAAAUAUGCCGCAAGGACUAAGAAAAUUAAAAACACCCCCGUCAUCAACUACGACAUUAACAGCGUAGUUAUAAACGAUUUGAGGAAGCAACUCUUCAACCUAAACCUAGAAUUGAAAAAAUAUAAAAUUGAAUCAAAAGAUAAGUCGUCUGAGGUGGAUUUUACUAGGGUUAAGGAAUUAACUAGCCAAAAUAAACUAUUACUGAAGAAAGUGAAAGGGUUAAAAGUGAAAAGGAAGAAGUUAAUCUGUUUGAUAUUUUACUAUAUGAGCUUGUUAAAGAGGCCCAACUAUGCACCCACGGAUGGGUCACUUCGCUCUAACGGGGUAGCAAGUGUUAGAAGUUGUUCUGUUAGUGUGAACAAUCAAAAUGGGUGCAUCACCCAGGGGAAAAAAACAUCCACAGGGGGAGAGUUUCCCACCACGAAUGGGCAAUUUGUUGAAGGGGAUGCCAAUUCCAUCGUGCAUAGUGGAGACAGAAAUGGAGAUAAUGCUAACCACAUCUCUUCCUCCUCCAUUUGCAAAAAGGGGACUAUCGUGCCGGACGUCAUUCCCAAUAGUGGUGCUCCCACCAGGACACAUUUCACCUUGAGUGUGGAUUCCUUUUUUCAAAAGAGCCAUAACAUUGAUGAAAAAAAAGCUGCAAAUGUGAACAGCAAAUUAUCCCAACCAGCCAUGUUAAUCCAUGGUGGCCAUUGCUCAAGUGGCAUGGUCACCAUCACAAUGAAAGGAACCCCCAUGGGGGAUGCAAAAUCGUUCCAUUCCUGCGGAUCGACCAAUAAUCGUAACGAGCACCUAGUCGAGAGGAACAGCAAAAAGGAACACGACAUGAACAUAGUAGUAAGUAGCCAUUCGUACGAAAUGGAUACGGGUGAAGGAACCUGCCACUGCGUUGAGAGGGCCUCCCUGCAAAAGAGGGAUGACCAGACGGUACACAUGAACAGGGAAACGCAUUAUAAACGCAGAAAUUUUCAAGAAAGUGCCAUGUGUUCUGCAGAAAACGCCAAUGAGGAGGACAUUCUGACAAGUACCCCAAAAGAUCCCUCCGGGGAACUCUCACCAAAUAUGAUCGACCCCCCAAUGAAAGAUGCACCAAACGGGGACGUCCUCAUUGGACAGCACAACCUAUGUGCCACGUGUCAGAAAGAAAACAUGGUCGAAGACAAGGAAGAUGCUUGCGACUCCGAUUUCAACACGCUAGAGAAAAAAUACCUGUUCCUAAAUUUAGAAGAAGAUAAAAGGUGCGUAGAAAACAUGUUCAGGCAGUUUGAGCUAAACCGAUAUAAUGAGAAGAAGCUGAAAGACCUAAACAAAAAGUACAAUUCAAUUUUUGAAAAAAAUAAAGCGUACGAAAAAAAAAUUGACGAACUGAAGAAAAUGGUGAAGAGGAUGAAAAGGUGUGCAAAACUCAGCUCGGAGAGCAGGUUCGACGGGAAGAAGAAAAAAAAUAAAAAAACGCCAAAAGUUGGUAGAAGUGGAAGAAGUGGUCGACAUGUAGGAGGGGGUGCAAAGACGGGGCCAGCGAAACGACAGUACCACCCAGAUGGAACGAACAAUCUGCUCCGCAGUCCACCGAAUGGUGAAAGUUUCUAUAAACCUAAUCGCAACCACUUUAGCGAUGUAGAAUUCGAGAGAAAAAUAAAAAGCAAAAUGGUAAAACAUUUUGCAAGAAAAAAGAACUUUACGGAUACAGAGGUUAAUGCGAAGGGGAGUAACUCAUUUUAUGCUUAUGGGACAAGCGGAUACCAUGAACAGACACGACUAAUGGAUCUGCUUUACCAAAAUUUGAAUUAUCACAAGAAGCAGAUCAACCUUUUUGACAACCCAAAGUUGAACACUUUCCUGUUGUGCGCAGGAAAAGGCAAAAAAGGAAUGAACAAAAAGGUAAUAAGAAGAAUGCUACCUUCUGAGCAUAAUGACAGUGCGUCCUCAAAUUUUAUAUACUCAAGUAACAAUGUUGAUAUGGGUCUAUUUGAGGACACUGCUGAAGGUGGUGUGUUCCCUAUGGGAAGUAACGGCAGAAGGGAGGGACCAAUAAAUGGGGAAAAAAGAACCCCCCUAAGUGUGCCACAUAAGUGGAAAAAAAAGCAAGUCAAAACGGAAGUAACGGAGGAAGGGGUGGAGAUUUCACACCCGUAUGGCAAUUUCCCAGGAAGCGGCAAAAUGGAUAGCCUCCAUUUUGUGAAUUACGCAGGGGGAGAGAUCAAACCAAAAUGGCACUACAGCGAUGAGGAUGACACAUGCGAAAACAGCCCCUCCAGCAGUGCUAACAGUACCUACUCCAGCGAUGAAGAAAGUGACCCUACAAGUGGCAAUGUGUCCCCCAAGUUUCUAAAAAACAAACUAAACAAGCUGCAAAAAAUUAUCAAGGAAGACAUAUGCAAAAUAAAAAGAGUGAACAGGGAAAAAGAAGAAUACAACGCGAAAAAUGAACUGCUCACGAACAGCAUAAUGAGUCUGAAAAAGAAGUUACACUAUUUACAGGUCAACAGUCAGAAUAACAAGAACUGCAAAAAGAUAGAAAACAUGAAGGGAGAAAUACAAAGAAUAACAAAUGAAAAGCAGAAAAUUCAAAAAAAAUUAAACGACAAUGAGCAACAAAUUAAACACUUAAAGGUAGACAUUCUUAAAAUGAAAAAUAAUUUUUUAAAAACCAGUACUCUGUUGAAGGAAGAACAGAGAAAGCAUACCAACAUUAUUCGCAAAAAAGAAAACAUAAUUACGAAGCUGCAUGAACGAGAAGAACAUUACAUCAAUAAACUUAAAAAAAAGGAAGAAAUAAGUAAACAGGCAUAUUCAAAAUUGCUCAAAAGGAAUCAAGAACUAAAUGAGGAAUUAAAAAAGUUAAAAAAGAAAGGGCCAAAUAAUAAUGCCAGACGGGGUGAUAGAAAGAAGGGCCAAAAGAAUCGGCCACCUGAGGGUAUCAUUCAUGGCAACCAAAUUGACGGUGUCUCCCAACCGGUUGAACAGGUCACGUCGGGCGGGAUGUACAUCUCGAGUUCGUUACGUGAUGACGAUGAUGACCCCAACUAUAGUAACAAUCGUGGUAGUGACCAGCACAGGGAGGAUGCCACUUCUCUCCAGAAUGACGACUUUAACGCCUCUCCUAUCAGUACCAUCCCCUCCGAUGGGGUCAAAUCGGCCUACCUAAAUUCCAGUCCCUCUAUGUGUAACUCACAAAACAACCUUUUCUCUUCCCACUCCUUUUAUAAGUUCAAUAAGAGUGAAUACGAAUUUCAGAGCAGCUUCAAAAAUGAUGUAAAAAUUAAAAAAUACUUGAGGGAUUUUUUGGAAAAGAAAAUAAAACUUAGCACAGUUAAGGCAAAGUUGGACAAGGAAAAAAGUAUGAACAGACAGGUUAGGAAAAUUCUACAGGCCUUGUAUGUAAAGAAGAAAAAUGAAGAGGAAGAAAGAAAUCAUGGGGAGGACAGCUUCCCCCGCGGAAGGCCAACCAUGUGGACAGAAGAAAGAUCCGCGCAGAUGAGUUGCACUGUUAAUGAGGGUGAAGAUCGAGAGAGUAGUUCCGGACAGCCCAUCGUAGAGCAACCACUUCGGAACACAGUGACCACUGAUGAAAUGGAACAAGACGAUCGAUGCGAGAGUAAGGAAGGAAUACUUGUUAAAGAAAAUUUCACCCCUGUGGAGGACAAAGACGGGGAAGAAAAUCGGCCAAUUUUAUUAGGCGAUGAAAAAAUAGACGAAGAAGUAGCAUAUUACGAAAACAAGUUGAAAGAAUCGAAUGAACUUUUAAAAAAACUGAAAAAAGACAUUGUCACGAAGAAGGAAGAAUUCAUUUUACAAAAAGUGGUGAAACAUUUACUCAAGAAGUUAUAUUCCAAUUUUAACAAAAGGAAAGAAAGUGAAAGAAAAAUAAAAUCUUUAAAAAAAUUUAUCUACUCAGAAAAUUUGUUUAUAUCAAAAAUUUGCAACAACUUUUUUUACCUUACAAAUGUGGUGAACAAUUCAACAUUUCCGAUUGGUGCCCACCCCAUGGUCCCAUUUUUUUCAAACCAGAUAAAUGAUACACGUGAGAGUCAAUUCAAUGGAAGGUUUAAUUUGACUUGUGGAGAGAGGCACAUAAAGAAUAACGAUUCCGGAUUAGGUGCCCUUUUACCGCUGUACAAAUUUUACCAAUGUAGUAAGGGAAUACUUCCACGAAAUGGUGCAACGCGUGACCUGAUAGACGGUAGAAGGAGAAACACCUUCAGCAUCCUGAUGGGUAUCAACCCCACUUCUGAGAUGAACAAGAACUACACGAAUUUGAAAAAGAGGAGCUACAAAAGUAGACUAAUCGAAAAUUUGCAUCUCAACCAUUUUAACAAAAGGAGAAUUGUUCUAUCAAGAAGUAGCAACUUUAUCGAGGAUGACAAAUGUGACAAUUUUGGAACAAAAUGGGGGAAGAGAUAUUCGGACGGAUUUUCUUUAAACAGAAUGCGUGACACACACGAGGGCUUUGGACUUGAGGAUAAGCUUAAUGGAGGGGUGCCCACUGAAGAGGGGCUACACGGCCUCCCUCAAAAGUAUGAACAAAUAAAUUGGAUGCCAAAUGGAGAGGCUAGGAAUGUCAAUCUGAAUGCUCUCAACCUUUUGCAUGAUAAGAAUAUUUUUGGCAAAAGUGAAAAGGGAAAUUUCACUCGUAAAAUGCAUGAUAACAACGGAGGGGGAGAAGAACAAACGGUAGACAUGGUAGAUGCGGAAGAAUGCUCCCUUGAGCAGACACAUUAUCCUGCGCUGCCAAAUUUAAGAAUGAAAAGGAAGACCAUAGAUAACUGUUACAUUUACGCGAAUAAACAAAAUGGGGAUAAUUUCCUCGACUACUACCAAGACGUCUUUUCACGGGGGCAUUACGACCCGAACGGUACUAUGGGGGAGGAAGAAAAGACACAGAGGGAAUCACCUUUGUGCAAUGGAAAAUUUGAUAAGAAGCAGUCCUCUCCAGUCGAUUCGUGCAUACACCCCCACACCGUAAAUACAGCCAUCAGUAGUGACAUUUUUCCAAAAGGAAGAAGUGAAUUGGUUUCAUCGAAGCGAAUAGAAGGAUGCGUUCCACACGAAGGUUCCAACAUCCCGGGGGGGAAAGGAGACUAUAUUUCCUAUAUGUUUAAAAAGGGCAGCCAAGAAUUAAACUGUGCAAUGACAAACCUGCACAUUGAUGGAGAGGACUCCCUAGCAGGAGACAUAGCGAAAAAGGAGGAUGGUACGAUUGGCGGAAAGUACGACAAUAGAGAUUGCUCAGUAGGCACUGGCACUCGCACCGGCAUGUACAGCAACCCAUGUGGCAUCCCCAUCGAGGGUGACCGUAAAGAGGAAGUAACAGAGGUGAGCAAAACGGUGCGUACCUUCAACGGUGCCAGUGCAGAUGGAAUUAAGAAAAGGCUGCCAAAGUUUUGCUCCAUCAAGUCGAAGAGCGCCGACGGUAAUAGCAGGAUUGUUGGUGGCGUCUCCAAUGUCAAACGUGCUUUCAAAGAAAAGGAAAGCAAAUCGAAUGACACCUCUAUGGGUGGGACAAACACGACGCUGGAGGAGAACCUCACAAGUGUAACGGAAAACGGUUCAGAAGGGCACCAAACUGCGAAGAACACGGAGAUGCGGAAUAUCAACUCGGAGGAGGAAUCUCAGAUGGGAAGAAAAAUCACCUCAAUAGGUAGCGAAACGAAGUUGGUGAAGAAGGCGAAUGAAAAGAAAUGGUCAGCCAACCAGACGGAUGGACCACUCCACCACACUGUGUUAGUACAGAAGGGGGAAGACACCUCUCAUAAGACUCAAGGGACAAAGGUCCAAAUGGACCCCUCGUCAGCUGCCCAAUGGAACAGCAGCAGCUACGGUAAUCCAAACGACGGAGGGGAGGCAACCAGAAGUAACAAUCUGCAGUACGGAAUAAACCAGGAAGAUUUUGAAAAAAUAGAAAAGAUACACGAGGAAAGCAUCAACAUUUUUAAAAAUAAAAUGAACGAUAUAGGAAUGAACAACGAAUCGUUCGGUAGUAUCCACAUGAUGGAAAAAAAAAUUAAGCAGAAUUUUUUCAACAGUGAUAACUACGAUGCGCGUAAUAACAUGGGAGAGGAGUUUCCAUUUAACAAGGGGACUACACCAAAAAAGUACAAAACGUUGUUCAUGAAAAAUUGCCAUAAAUAUGGGGUUAGUGGGUUAUGUGUUAAAGGAUCAAAUAGUAAAGGUCUUACCAUUUUUAGUAGCUCAAUAAAUAAUAUAAAACUAUGGGAUGGUAAAAAAUCUGUAUGGAAUUAUGACCAUGUGAAUUUAAAAAAUGAAAAGAGCACAUUUAUAAACAGCUUAAUUGUGUCUUUUCAAAAGAAUUGCUUUUUUGCUGGCAUCAACAGUUAUGUACACUUAUUUGACAUUAGAACAAAUCCUGUAUCUUUACAGAAAUAUUACUAUAGUGACAAAAAUGAUGGUAGCUUGUUAAUUUCGCUUCUAAAUGAUAAAUCAGAUUAUGUGCCUUUUUUGUUACAAAAUGGGGGCACUUCCCCUUUUAGCGGCGCAUUGACAGAUGGGGAUUAUACUUACGGAGGCGUGCAUAAUCUGAUGGAACGGAGCGCAGGAGAAGAUGUGCUUGAGCAUGUGCUAUCGGACACCCCCCUUAAGCAACUACCUUCCAAGGAAUGGAAAGAAGAAAACGUUGUCAGCGCGACCCACGAAACUUGCAACGAACAGGGCAACCAAAUGAGCAGCCUUUCCUAUAACAAGGCAGACGCAGCUGAAGAAGACGGAGUGGACAAAUUAAAACAUAUAAGAGAGGUCGAGAGUUUCCAAUCGGAGUACUGCAUAUGUGCCUGUGGAAAUGAAAACUUUAUUAAAGUUUUUGACAUACGAAAAAAUGACGACAAUAUGUGGCUAGCCAAAAUACCAAUAACAAAUAAAAUCGAAUAUAUCACACAAAUUCCGAUGAAAAAAAAUGGGAAAAAUAUUACAAAGGAUUCGAAUAUAUUAAAAAAUAUAAUAAUAGCAAGCAGAGAUAAGACGGUCAAAAUAUGGAAGAAAGGAUGGGUGUCUUUUUACCCUCCCUCAUACGAUUGGUGCACUUCUCUCUCCAAUUUUAACCUUUCUGAUUUGAUGAAAAAUAAAGGUACCCCAAAAUUGCAGGAGGAAUCAGCCGAAUAUGCAAAUAAUUUGUUCAAUUAUGAUUCGUUAAUUGUGUCUGGAAGUAGAGAUUCUCACCUGCGCUUUUGGCUUUACGCGACGGACAGCACGUCGAAUGAGUUUAACCGGUUCAUGAAAAUUGUUAAAAAUGCCCACAUGGUCGACAUAACAAGUAUAGCCAAAUAUCAAACCAGCGGUCUGGUUACGACGGACAGGGACGGAUUUAUCCAAAUGUGGGACUGCAACUUAUUCGUGAAUGAUAACGAGAAGGCUUUACUAGAUAUGGACAUUUAUAGUAACCAGCUGAAUCUGGCCGUUAACAAAAUGGGGAAAACGCUCAGGCACUCACCAAAUGCUAUCAACAAGGUCGUCUGUUAUGAAAACCACUUUUUAACUGCCUCAAGUGAUGGGUCCAUUAAAAUAUUUAGCGAAAAAUAAGCAUAUAGCAUUUUACCCUUACAGAUAAAUAUGUAUAACACGUUUUUAAUCCUCGAUAGGGAUGUAGCCAUUUUUUUUCUCAAA